GAGCGGCCGGUGCUGACGGUGCUGGCUGAGCGGUGCCGCUCGACACGCCCCCAGUGUGGGUACAACGCGCAGGAGCGGCGCGCUCCGGAGACACGAUCACUCUGCCGGGCGGCGUUGGGAGGCGCGAUGGGAGUGAACGCAUUCAAGUUUGCCGAGGUCCUGUCACCACCGUCGUUGCACUAGACAAAGACUUCCGGGGGGUUUUCUGUGUUUUUUGUUGUUGUUGUUUCCUCCUAAGGGGGGGCUUGUCUGCGUUUGUUUUUGCCCGUGACGUGUCUCUCUACAGGAUGUCGGCACCGUUGGAAAGCCGGGUGCGAUCAUAAAGUCAGCUCUCUCCUCCACGCAACGCCACCAGCGGCACACAAAGGGGAACCACGGAACAAGUUUUCCUUCGUUUUAAAAAAAAAAUUUUUUAAUGUCACUAAGAAGCAGAGGGGGCUGUUUCAAAGACAAAAUGGAUCACUUUGCAGCAGAGUGCCUUGUUUCGAUGUCCAGCCGUGCAAUUGUUCACGCUCCUAAAGGGAAUAGAGAGAUAAGACCAGAAGCCGCGUCCUCCUCUCGGAUCGGAGAGGACAUUAAAGAACCUUUGGUGAGAGACAACUCCUCUCUGUUUGUGGUGGCGCGGAUUCUGGCGGAUUUUAACCAGCAGACUCCCAACAAUGUUGCCGAGCAGGCAAAAAUAAAGGACGAGAGCAUGGCGAACCUCACAGAUGAUGGAAUCUCUGCCACACCUUCCACCAUCUCCGAGCCUUCGCUCAAACAAAGAGGCAAACGAUCGCGAGGUCGGAUUGCGGAAGACUCGCCUCAGAAAAAACAUAAAUGCCACUAUUCAGGUUGCGAAAAAGUUUAUGGCAAAUCUUCCCACCUCAAAGCUCAUCUAAGGACCCACACAGGAGAACGGCCUUUCCCAUGUACUUGGCCCGACUGCAGUAAGAAGUUCGCCCGGUCGGACGAGCUGGCCCGCCACUACCGCACCCACACGGGGGAGAAGAAGUUUGGCUGCCCGCUUUGUGACAAGUGCUUCAUGCGCAGCGACCACCUCAUGAAGCACGCUCGCCGCCACUCAGAUUUCCAGCCCGGCAUGCUGAAGAGGCCCCAUGGCGGAAGCAUCACACGCCCCAGCUCCCUCAGCAACUACAGCCGCUCAGACGCCUCCAGCCCCACCCUCAGCCCCGCCCUCAGCCCCGCCAUCAGCCCCGCCAACUCGCCUUAAACUGAUACCCAGUCGCACUUUCUGCCUCUGACCCACGAGGCCUGUGUUUUUUGUCCUAACACUUGUGUUGCACAGUUGUCGGCAACCACCCUUUGCUAUUCCUGCGCUUGCUGUGGUGUACCAUACUGUACAUAACUGCUUAUUGUAGUGCAAUUACUCGUGUGAUCCUAAAAGAAGGUAAUGCCUUUCCCAGAUGGCAAUAUUUACUGUCUGUACCAAAUGUCUGUAUUUUUUUUAGCUUCUGAUCAUGGGUAGUUGUCCAAUUUAUGUUCUCAGUCAGCUGAACAAGGUUUAGAAGAGAAAAAAAACAGAGACAAGUCAUAUUGAGACAGGGUUUUCAUUUGGAGAAGGGGUACACACACACCUCAGGAUUGAAGACAUUUCUGUAAUACCACAGUACUUCACAGUACUCGCAUCGACUGCACAAUGUACUCAUCACUUUACUCUUAAAUUCAACAGGGGUUGAAUUUUACACCCUGCUCAGGGAUGGCCUUGUUAGCUUAAAAGAAUGAACACAAUAAAGAGAAAACAUACAGUACAUAUAUAGCAGCCUUACACUCGACACAAUUUUGCACUCUGUUUUUGUUUUUUUGGUCGGGAAAUCUAGCCCUAUUUCAGUCAAUCGUGCACAGAACGUAUGUCCUCGUGCUCUGGGGGGUUCAUACGUAAUGCAAUUGCUGUGUGUUAACAAGACGAUCCCCAAACCUACACCUCAGUAAACAAAAAUACAUCUGUUCCUCCAUUGCAAUGUCGUUGCCAUGACACUGGGUUGAAUAUGUAUUUAAUUUAACAGUACGUACUGUGUAAAUCUGCAUGCUGAGAGGAUCCGGGUUGUAUUGCGUUCACAGUUUUACUCAGUUUAAGAAACUUUAUAGCCUCUAAAUAGAGACAGUUGUAAAGCAGCUGUUUGUGCUUUCUCUAAGGUCUGUAUCAUCAGCCAGAGUUUCCUUCAAAAUAGACACAAAGGCGACUUUAGAUAAAUCAAUGUCCAUCCUCCAAAGCACAUUGGAAAAAUUACCAAAGACAAGAGUGAAUGAAAGCUGUCUACUCAGUCUUGUAAGCUGCCCUUUAUUGAGGCCUGUAGAUAGUGGUUGGUAGUAUCAAAGGUAGAACCAGACGGCGUGCUUGCUUCCCUCCUAGUGGCUCUUUUGUUGGCUCCCUUGAGGUAACGGCUGUAUCCCUCAAGAAACUAUUCAAAGAGAGCGUCCAUACGUUUUUCCGGGGCGUGCCCCCCCUCCCCGCCCAUCUGUCUCUACCUGCCCUGCCAGAGAGUGGUGGACUUUGAGCAAAUUGCAUUGGAGGGCAGUGGGGGGGUCAAAUGUGGGGAAAUGCUGGCACAGACUAGCUAUCUGCAGUAGACAGGCAAGAGAGGGCAGGUCCUGAUGAAAGAGGCAAAUUUUAUUACAGAGAAGAAGACCCUCAUCUCCUCCUCCUUCCACCUUCCUCCCUCCAACUGUAGACACCGUGAGUGAAACAUGGCUUUAACUAGCGGGUUUCUUACAACUUGUAGUAAAAGAGAAAGAGAAGUGUAUGAACAACAUUACUACCUAGACAACGGUAGCAGUGUGUAAUGCACUAAACUCCCUCCUAAGCACAGGGGGAAAUCCUCUACUAGUGCUGGGGAGUCCAAUUUCACGAUGCCAAGGAAAACGUUGCUCCAAAUUCAGCGCUCUAAAACAGCUGGUUUGAAACUUGUCACAAGGGGUCUUUUAAACUGUUUUAAGCAUUUGAACCAAAACCCACAUAUCAGCAAAGUGCAGUGCUCUCCGGCCUCAUGUCGUCCUCCCUGUGAUCUCAGAUGUCCCGUGAGAAAGAGGAGUUGUGUUUCUAGACGUACACGUCUCAAUAAGUCAGGCAAAAGGCACUGUGAACCUUCCAUGAAAGUGGGAACCACUAUCAAAACGGCUGCAGCCCGGCCCGUCUGUGUUAUGCAAACAUUUUCUUUUAAUGCUUCAGCACUAUGGCUUGAAAUGGUUGCAUGCAGUGUGUUUGUUCCUGUCGAACCCCUCCAGCCUUUUGUCCUCAUGAAUCGCAUGUGCCAGCUUCAUUCUAUCAGGAACUUCUGCCCUGCAAUCCAGUGCUUCACACUAUAUGCAUGUUAACAACUGGGCCUUGGAAUCACAGAGGGUUUCUGAGGCAAUCUGGCAGAUGUAAGUCCAUGAAUGGCUGGCCUUGUCCUUCGUUCUCCACAGCAGAAGAAGAAUAAGCUCUGUCACAUCCUCCAGAAAGAAAACAUCCCUUAUUUGGAUCAAAUGCAGUAGUUUCCUCAAAACACCACGUUUUAAAAUGAAAGAAAAAAACCCUGUAAUGUUCAAAUAGUUUCCAGGUUGUGAGAUGACACUUUGAAUGCCACUGAUCAGCAGCUAUUUGUAAAAUCAUCACUGAGAGGGUUUUACGUUCACAAUUUCUGGAAAAAAAAACUUUGAUUUUCACAAACAAACUCUUCAACUGGCUGUUGAGCAGCUUUUGUGGUAUCUAUGGAUGAAUUUUCUUUUCUUUGUUAUAGUCCAUUUCUGACAUGGUUUUUAGUGUAACUUUCUCUGAGUAUCUCACCCUCAAGCAGGUUUCAUGAAUCAUUUUCUUAAUCCAUAAUCUGUACAUUUACCUCAGGGUUGACGUCCACAAAGCAGAUAUGGGACAGUUUGUGGACACUGUUGUAACAUCAGUCGCUGCACAGACGAUUCUGCCAGUCUCCCCCCACCAGUAUUCCCAGUGUUCCUAGUGGCUUGGUGCUCACUGCUGGUCGUUGUGUGACCACAUUGGAAACGCCUACUACAGUCCUGACAUGUGCCUUGGUAAGCACCGGGCACCCUGGCGCUCUUUUCAGUGAAACGCCCCUUUAAACACCUUUGACCCUUUGGUGUCAGUGGACUUGCAGCAGGCAGGAAGCUCCUACCAUCUGAAAACAAGCCGACUGUGACAGUGUAAACAUCCCAGUCUAUCCAUCCAUCCAGACUGACGGCAGUGACAUACAGGCCUCCGCAGGCACGAGUGUCUCAAAACCUUUAUUCUCAUUGUACAAAAUCUACUUGAAUAAUUCAACACAAAAGGCCAUUGAACACAGUUUUGUACAUGUCCAUUUUUACUGUACUUGCUUUUGUUGUCAAAUAAUUAUUUAGAAGGGUGUAUGGUCAGAUUUCUUUGGGUUUCCAUUGUCUUCGGGUAAUUUCAGCAUCUCUUUGGUAUAUACAGCAUAAGGUUGAAUCUUUUUUUUCCAAACUGUUUAAAGGCCCAAUAUUUUGUUAAAAAUAAUACGUUUAUCCCUGUAAACAGUGUUCAACCCGUUUUAUCAGAAACACGUUAUACUCUUGAUGUCGGGAUACGGGUCAUUCCAGUUAGCCUGUUAUACAAAAGUUCCUCCAAGUCAGAAAACGAAAGCACUGUUUGGGUUGAUGAACUUUUUAUGUUCAACAAAUUUCAGAUAUUUCAUUUUUUUCUUAUUUAGACUAUUUUAAAGGUGUUUCCAUAAUAAUAGAUACCACAGAAUUGUGAAUUUGCAAUGUAGCCUUGAUUUUGUAUUAUUGUUUUUUUGUCUCAUAUAAAAAUGCUUGUAUAUUUUUCAAAAAUCAUACCUCUUGAAAUAUUUGACUUUUGUUGUAGCUUCAUAUCUUUUCAAAACAUUCAUCAUGUAGCCUACGUUUGCUUUAAGAGUAGCACAAAUAUUUGGUGGUUUUAUUUGUGCCAACUUGAAUGAGGAAAGGAAGGCAGAAAAGAAGACAGACAGAAUUUAAAGUUUUUUUUGUAAAACAAAGAAACACUGGGCUAAAUUUUAUAUAAUCAUUUUGUCAGGUUCUUGCACAUCCUCAUAGAUUCCACAUGUAAUCUUUCCAGGAAAUAAUAAAACCUUGUUCUUAUUAUUUUAUGUUACACAGAUAUUUAAAACACCUCUCUUCUUCCCAGAUGCAUAUAUUUAAACAUCAUCUACAUGAGGGAUGAUGUCAGCUGGAAAUUAUUUUGAAACUCUACUUCAGCAUCUUGUCAUCAAACUGAAUGAUUAUAAUCAUUGACAGAUUCUGACAUCUGACAAAGAAAAUUUUUUUUAGAUGACAUCAAAAUGGAAAUACAAGGUUUACCAGUUAAUAUUUGUUCUCCUUAUUGUAAAUAUAUAAAGUGAAUUGGUUGCAGCAAAGCAUGUAAAGAACUAACAUAAAUCUUAUUUUAAAAAAUCAUAUUAGUUACAUGAAUCUGAUCGUCUCAUCUUUAUCACUGGUGUCAGUGUACAAGCAUGAUUGAUGCAAUUGUGUGCCAAAACUAAAAUGGUAACUUCAUAAAGAUUCAAAAGGUAAAAACAUCUAGCUACUAUAGGACAUUUAACAAACUUGUACAGUUUUUUUAAGUGUUGAAAUGUUCUUAUGUGAUGUACAGGAAUUACAGAACCAACUCUGCAUAUUUUCUAUGCAAGUGCUCUCUGUUAAAUAAUAAUUUUGGCUUUAUGUAAACAAUCUGAAUGUGUAGCUUUGUUUUCAUUUGGUUCUUGUUAUUUCAUUUUUGCAUCUUUUUUUUGCUAUACAAUAUUCUAGCAAUGAAUAAUGUCUUGUUGCCGGUAUUUUUUGACAUAAACAAUCUUAGUGAUGAAGAACGCCUGACCUUUCCAAAGGAUUGAAAAUUGCAUUUGCUAUAAAUGUGCUGCUUUCAUGGACCCGAUGCAUUUUUGUAGGUUAUGAAUUAAAGUCUGUCUUGACUGAGGUUUUACACAUUGUGAGUUGUGCAUAAGGUACGUUUCUCAUUGUAAACAUUUCCCAGGUUUAAUCUCUACUUUCUCCUCUGUGGGCUCUGUAGGCAAAGCCAAUUUGAAUGAACAACAUACAUGCAAUAUGUAAUAUUUAAAAGACCAGGACAAACCGAUGCACGUCCUCCCUUGCAACAAAACCCCAAUGCUUGGGGAGUAAAGUUUUAGGAGGAAGCCAUGAUAAGAGAGAGAGCAGUUCUUCCCAGUAAGAACAAGCUUUUAGUUCUCACUGCGCAUCAAAGGCUACACCGUUACAAGUUGUUACCAAAGGCUAUGAAGGGAAAGAUGAAUGUGGCAGUAACUUUGAACCCAACUCGGCUUGGACAUUUCAACUUUACAUUCUGUAAGUGUCGAUUUAUGGAUGUUGUGCUUGAUAUGGAACUUUUUCUUCAUCUCAAAUCAGAAACUUUGUUUUCUUUCUUUAAAUUUUUUUUUUUUUUCAAAAGUCACUUGAAUAAACGGAACCUGUUAAAUCUUAUGAGAAAAGUAAUUCUGGUUGAGCUAAAAGACGAGAAGCGGAGUGAGUAGAAACGUGCUGGGCAGUAAACCACAUCUGCUAGUACCCUUCACUGAGCAUGUGGUCUUGCUUGUCUGCCCAAACUGCUGACAUUAACGUCUUCUGCUCAAGCUUCGGUUGUUGUUGCCCUAAAAGGAUUAGUCGGUUCCAGGUUAUGCAGCACACAGCGCUGUGAAUGACCUCCCUUUAAUUGCAAAGAGAGAGCCACCAGCCGGCCUUCUGGUUACGGUGUCCUGUACCUGUUUGUCCUCGGCGUAGCUCCUCGGUGUAAUGUUGCUCUCUUGAUACCUCUGUGUGUUUUUCCUCUGCCCAUCACCAUCAGUUGCCUGUUGUAGUGACUCCAUGGUGCUGCUUCCCCUUUCAGCAUCGGUAUAAUCUGAUCUGUAAAUAACUCUCGACUCAGCUAUGGCCAGUAUAUUUUCUUAUGACCUCACUCUAACCUUCAGGUGUCAUGUAUGUUUUCUCUCUCAGCAAACCAAAAUCACUACAUUCAAGUAUUACAGUUGUACAGUUCCUCGGAUUCUAUACACAUGUGCUGGUCUUAGCUGCUCUGCUGUACUUUUUUAUGGCAUUAUUUUCUACAUGUUAGACAAUAUAUUGUGACCAUGUCCUAUGCAAAUAUGAAAAAUAACAGAUUGUUGAAAAAUGUAUGUUGUCAUAACUUGUAUGCAUGAUAUAGUGAAGUUUACAUUUGGAAAUACAUUCCUAAAAUAAGCAUCUAAAA